GGUUGGCGAUCUAGGCAGCAAGCGGCGGCAGCGGCAGGCUGAGACGGCGUGCGGACGACCGCUAGGGGCGGCAACUUGCGGUGGUCGGAGCACGAGAGGAGCAGAGAGCAGCGGCGCGUCUGCGAGGGAAGAUGACGGCGCGUCCAUUGGAGGCGACCUCGGGGCAGAAGGGGCGAGAGACCGGUAGGCGGCGGUCUGGUGGUGGUUCGCCAGGCGGCAGGGUCGGUCGGGCACGCGGGGAUCGAGCGCCUCCCCCCUGAUGGCGUUGAGCGUAGCGGCACACGACCCCAAGACAACAGAGAGAACAGAGAGAGGAAAAAAAACAGAGGCUCAGCAGCGGCGAUGGCGAGCGGCGGCAGUCUGAUGACGAAGGAGCUCGGCGAGACCCACGACGUCCUCCGCUUUGGCGCCAACGACAGCGUCCGCGGCGACCUCGCGCCGGCGCACCCCGUCCAGGCCACCAUCCACAAGGAGGCCAAGUUCUGGGACGAGAAGAAGAAGUUUGGGACCGAGGCCAUCUACGGAUCGGCCUUCAACAUCCGCAGGGAUCUCGAUGCCCAGAUCCUCUCCAGUAUUGACGGCGAACGGCGGUAUGGUGCUCCACGGGUUGGCUCGAAGGGAAGCCGUCGGUGCAUGGCGGUGUGCUGCUCGGCAGUGUGGUUAGAGGACGGUUGGCUCGAGGUUGUGUUCGUCGCUGGGCAGGUGAUCUGGCGUGAUGUUUGGCGGCUGCCUAGGUCUUGGGAGGCGCCAUGAUUGGUGAUCGCGGCGCAGCUUUGGGUUGUGAUGGCGAUGUCAUGAAACUGCAGUGGGUGGUCGUGCCUGAUCUGCUCCGUGUGUGUAAGUCCAUGGGAGGAGAGCUCAUGGAAGAACCGGGAGAUCAGUUGUUAGUCACUGUUGUGCUUCUUCCUUUCUGAAUAAUCUUGGGGAGGGCCAAUGACAGAGUUUUACAUCAGUUUUUGGGGACAGGUAGAAAACAGAGAAGGGAGGGGAUAGGAUCGAGCGCCCACAGAUGAAAGCUGAACCCAAACCGUGUUUCCUUUUGUUUCUUAUUAGGCCCUUGUGCUCCUGGAUUUUUUUUUUGGUCUAAUGGCUGUUACUUGGUGCGUGCGAUGGGAGGUCCAGGAAGUACUUCUCAGCAAAAGCAAUGCCUCUGCAUGUGGCAACAAGAUCCAAGUAGAUUGCUUGAUAACCGACUAUAGGAUUCAUGCCUCUUCUAGCCUGAACUUAGUAAGCUGCGGAAAUAAACAAUAGAAAAGGUAAAGAACCACCACAGGGAUAUGUAACAGUGGGAGUUUUGAGUACUAUCUGGAUGUGUUCUCAGUUCUUUUCUGGUAUAUAUGCUUGUGUGCCUCUCCUACGUACAUGGUGUUUUUUUGGAUAGGUUCGUGAGAUACAAGUGGAUGAUAUUUAUGGAUUGCACUUGGCUUGUCAUGUGUUCAUGACUGCCUGUCAGAGCUGGUAUCCUCAGCAAACUGUUUUUGCUUCUUGUAAAGCGGGGUGUGACAAUUUUGUCUAAAGAAGUAACUUAGAUACCACCUUAUGUGCCAGUGUUUGUGUUCUUGCAUGUAACACUCUGUAACUGCUUCUUUGGAUCACUCUCUAGUGUUUGCACUGUGGUGGGUGGUGGUCGAUUCGCAGCACCGGAGCAGUUGUGCAGGGUCGCGGGUGGUCGUCGAUUCGCAGCACCAGAGCAGUUGUGCAGCGUCGCGGGCGGUCGUCGUGCAGCGUUGC